AACUCUGUCGUCAGUUUCGGUAACAGCCAAGCAACGAUAAGGAUAAUAGUUUACGUCGUUAAAAAACGUCUCAGGAGCUUAAAUGGUUGGUUUAGAAACAAUAAAUUUAACGUAAAAGCACGUAGCUCAGUGCUGGAUCUUUGUAGCGUCUCCUCCAGUAAGGAAAAGAAACGAAAUAAAGGAUUUUGUCGCUGGGUUUCCUUCUUCCCCUUCAGCCUUUUGUUUUUCGCCGUUCUGGUCAAGCAGGUGAGCAACAGCGCCCCCUGUGAAGAAGACUGGAAACAGCCCGAGGAUAGGGACCCUUACAAGCGGCAGAGCAGCUAGCCUCCCCUGCGACGUGGGUGUUCACAGCCCAGCCGUCCGAUGCGGAGUGAGGAUGUGUCCCGCUUUGGAAGCCCUCAUGCAGGCGGACGGGACUCCCUAUUCGGGGAAGGGGGUGAUGCUUGAGCCCUUCGUGCACCAGGUGGGAGGCCACUCCUGUGUGCUUCGCUUCGGGGAAGAGACGAUAUGCAAGCCCCUCAUCCCCCGGGAGCACCAGUUCUACAGAAACCUGCCUCCAGAAAUGAGGAAGUUCACCCCUCAGUACAAUGGUGUUGUGUCUGUCAGUUUUGAAGAAGACGAGGAGGGGAACCUGUGCCUCAUCGCCUACCCUCUCCAUAACGAAUCUGUGGACUAUGAAAACCAAGACCCCUCGGCGGACUGCCAAGAACCCAAGAGCAGGAUGCUGAAGUGGAGCAACAAGAAGCAGUCCCCGUUGCUGCAGGAGAACGAAAACUACAGCAAAGACAGAGCUCGAAACAGCAGAAAGGAGGACAAGAUCAUGAGUUAUAAUCGUGAGGAGGUCCAGCAGCAGCAGGCUGAGGUUCUGUACUUCAGCUUGGAGAAAGGCAACGUGGUACCACAGAUCAAACACAACCCAUGGAGUCUGAAAUGUCACCAACAGCAAUUACAGAGGAUGAAGGAGAAUGCAAAGCAUCGCAACCAAUACAAAUUUAUUCUGUUGGAAAACCUGACGUUUUGCUACAGUGUCCCAUGUGUGUUAGACUUAAAGAUGGGAACUCGUCAACAUGGGGAUGAUGCUUCAGAAGAGAAGAAAGCCAACCAGAUCCGGAAGUGUCAGCAGAGCACAUCAGCAUCUAUUGGAGUGCGACUUUGUGGGAUGCAGGUGUACCAGUCAGACUCUGGCCAGCUGAUGUUCAUGAACAAGUACCACGGACGAAAGCUGACUCUUGCAGGUUUCAAGGAGGCUCUCUACCAGUUCUUCCACAACGGCCGUCGCCUUCGUCGCGAGCUGCUGUCUCCGGUGCUGCGCAGGCUCCGGGAGAUGAAGGACGCCCUGGAGGCCUGCGAGUCCUACCGCUUCUACUCCAGCUCUCUGCUCAUCAUCUAUGAUGGAGAUCCUCCCAGGACUCCCUCCAGACCCAGACAUCGAGGAGGGGAGGAAGGUGAUGAGGAUGAGCCAUCUGAUGAAGAAGAGGAGGAAGAGGAAGGAGCAUUUGGUUUCCCUCGCUCCUCUUCCACAAGCACUGCUGGUGGUUUGUCUGGGGGGAGCAGUAGUCGCUCAUCGCAUGGUGCAGGAGAGGCCAGCAGCCCCGAGGUGGACGUGCGCAUGAUUGACUUUGCUCACACCACAUGUCGGCACUAUGGAGAAGACAGUGUGGUCCACGAAGGCCAAGACAGCGGCUUCAUCUUUGGCCUCCAGAAUCUUAUCACCAUCAUCUCUGAGCUGGAGGACCACAGCACUGACUGAGGGCGUGCUGGAGCUGACGUGGUCUAAAUUUCAAGCAUGGGAAACGCUCCCCGAGUUAAAAUCCUAGUUGGUUUAACCCUCUGAGGUGCUUCAUACCUGCGCAGGGGGCUGCUUGGUGGAAACCCCAGAGGCCUCUCAGUGAGUGGAAGAGUCUGCGAGGUUGAUCCUGCGCUCUCCCUUACCUGUUGAAGGAAAAGGCUGCUUGUGCCCUCUCUUGCACUUUCGUCUUUGAAACUGAGACUUUUUCUUUGUGAUACAUGAUAGGAGCAAUGUUGCAUGAGAUGGACGAUUUUUCUACAAAAACACAUGUUCUCUCCUUUGACGUUGUAGGACUCCCUCUCCCGCCUCUCCUCUGGUACAAACGAGUAUCUUUAAGUUCUCUCUGAGAGAGAAAGGCAGAGACGUAUGAAGCUAUAUACUUAGGUAGGAUGCUGCCGUGGUGCUUAACCUGUGAUAUUACAUCUUUUUUUUUUAUGAACUGCCCCACAACUUAGCACAACUUAGUGAAGGAGUUAUCUAGUUACCUGAACAAGCUGACCUUAGCUGGCUCGGUCAGCAGCCUCGUAGCAAUGGACAAAUUAAGCAUCUAAUGACUUUUUUUGUGUUUAUAUUGAUGUCUUGUAAGAGAGGUUGUGUCCACCAAGCACUUGGCUUUAUACUUUUUUGGUGGGAUAUUAUCUAGGUUUAGAAGAAGGGAUUUGGCUUUUUUCAUCAUUUAUUUUUUUUUCUGCACUUUUGCCUAUGAAAAUGCGAUUCCAAAAGGGGAUUUUAUCGCAUUUUUUUGUCAUUCAUCUUCUUCAUUCCUACAAAUCUGACUUGAAGAGGAUAUAUUCAUAAGAACACUAGCUUCAGAGACUAUAGACUAUUUAUUUUGAAAGGAUUGUUUAAAAAAAAAAUGGAAACAAGCACAUUCCUUAUUACCAUUUUAAAUGUUCUGUCCUCCUGAACGUCUUUGAUUUUUUUUGUUUUUUGCAUAUUUGUGUUAACAGUGUCUUGGUAAAUAAAGGCAUCCAUUGUGGUUAAAUUCUA